CGAAGGAAUGUGUGGCGUUUUGUUUUUUCCUUCUUUCUUCGCUGACAACAACACCCAAUACACACACACACACACCAGCCAGCCAGUGAGGCCAACCACACCGACCUUGCUUGCUUGCUGGGUUGCCUCGCCGUCCUCCCAAACCGGCCGCGCCUUGACCGCCACCACCAUCGCGGUGGUUGACGACACACUCUCACACACGCAAGCACACAUCCACACACACACUCUCUCUCUCGCACCCGCUGGAUCGUACAUACAGAGCCUCAGCCAACUUGUCUUACCCCUCAACCUACCUCGCACACACACACACACUCACACACACACACACUCACACACACACACACACACACACACACACACACAGACACACACACAGACACACACACAGACACACACACAGACACACACACACACGCACACACGCACACAUACGCACACAUACUCACACACCGCGACAAUGGCCGUGACACGGUUGCGUGCACGCGACGAGUACCUGUGCAACGAUGAGCAAUGGAAGAUCGCAGUGCAUGCGGAGAAGUGUGCGCAGCAGCGAUGGAAGGACACCUUCGAGUGGAUGGUGGAUGCUGACGAGGAGACCUUGCGGACCAUGGAACAAGAGCGGGCAGUCAACCGAAAGCAGCACCAGCAGCAGCAACACCGGCAGCACCGGCAGGGCAGCAAGUCGCGCAAGCCAGCCUCUGCGCCAAGCAAACCCCAGCCACACGCUCACGGACAGAGCCACAACUCCAAGCAUGACGCGCACGGGCUUGCACCACCCUCAUCAGCAGCUGCGCUGUCAUCAUUACCCAUGCCGCUGUCACCAUCCAACAGCAGAGCCCACAGCGCGGCAACCCCAAAGACCAACCGCACGCAAAGCGUCAAGCCCGAGUCCCGGCCUGGCUCAAGCCGGCCACCAAGCAAGGCGAAGGCGUGCUGGGGCCACGCGGCGCCUCCGUCAUCAUCAACAGCGUCAUCAGCGUCGUCCUCCCGUGCUGCCAGCGCCCGCUCAACACGCCCGCCAUCCAGUCGUCCAACAAGCUCGCGCCCGCGCAUGGCCGCGACAGCAACGCCAUCAACCAGCGACGGACACCGCCACCAUGGCCACCACCACCACCGCCCGGCUGCGCGUCGGGGCCAGCGCGAGGGCACCUCGUCCACAUCCUCCAGCCAGCAGUCGUACUUUACAGCCCGUAUCCCGCUCCGCUCAAGUGACGCCAUUGGCUGGGGCGUCCAGACCCGCCGCCUCCAACAGCAGCAACAGCAACGGCAGCAGCCUGCGGGCCAGUUCUACGGCCUAUCGCGGCCACAGCGCCAGUAUGCAAAGCCCUGGCUGACAAACGCAAACCUGCCAGGGUCGCGUCGGCGCAGCACUGCAUCAGCGUCCGACACGCGACUUGCAGGUGGAUCUCUCCGCUCACCGGCACCUCCCCGCGCCGCGUCGUCCGCACACAGCACAGCAUCGUCAACUAUGACGGUUGGCGAGUUUGAGGAGAGAUACCUCAAGAACCAAGGGCCUGUUGGCAGCUUUGUCGCCACGCCAUUCGCGUCAGUUGGGCUCGGCGUAUCUGCCCCCGUCGCAGACAGGCACCGCCAGCACGAGCAGCGCAUCUUGGACACGCGCCACCCUGUGCUGUCGCAGCAGUCUUCUCGCAGCCACCCGCUGCAGCACACGCAACCAGCAAAGGCCACAACACCCUCGCUCUCGCGUGGGUCAACAUCAUGCAAUUCUGCCACAUCGUCACGCCCUGUCUCCUCCAUCCAAGCCAUCGAGUUGACCACAAACAUCUACAAGCGCCAACGCUCCGGCUUCCGCCCAGAGCAGAUAUAGUCGCAGCGCUGUGCUGAGCUUGUAUCUGGGGGUGGUGGAGCUCUUGCUUUGAUGGGCUGUGUGCUUACAUGGGUGUCUUGGGGAUGCUGUGGUUGCUGGUGUUUGGUUGCUGUUCCGUGGUGUAUGUGGCUGCUCGUGUGCGGUGACUGUGUCUGUGUUUGCGUCGUUGUUUGUUCCUGUCUUGAUGCUUGUGAUGCGUGCGUGCGCGUCGUGCGUGUGUGUCGUGCGUGUGCAUCCCAAGUGAUGCCGCUUGCUUGUUUCGUACUGCCUUUCAGCUCCUUGUGUCGCCUUCAUGACCCUUUUUGUUCGUGUCCUUUCCCCCCUCCUUCAUCAUCACCUUAAGAAGCAAUAGUUGGCUCUGUAGCACAGAGUGUUCCUUGUCUGUGUUGCCCCUGUGACAAGGACGAACGAUGCAUGGCACAUCCUUUCUUAAUGUUCAUUGCCCUUCUUGACGGUCUCACUCGCUGCCUCUGUUUGAUUCAUUUCCCCUUCGUACAGCACAUGAACGCAAUGCACAGAGAGACAAGUCCAGCACACAAAAGUCCAGCACACACGCACACACUCACGCACGG